AUGGCGAAAAGGACCACAGUAAUCCAGGCAACAAAAUUGGGAGUAGUGUUAUCCAGGAUAAUAUUGUCACUAGCAGCAUUCAGUUUCCAGGAAACAAAAUCUACUAAACUACCAUUGAUAAUUCGAACAUGGUGGAUAUUCAACUUUCUGCAAUCAACUGCCAGGGUGGGGUUUGAUCUCAGGUCAGCUUUAUCGGAACAUGAACACAUAGGGUACGAAGAAUGGAUCAAUCUGUUCAGUUUUGUCCUUUGCGCUUUUCUGUUUGCAAUUUCAGCCAGAGGAAAAACAGGGAUCAGGAUCACCUGCAGAGAUAGCAGCAUAACAGAGCCACUUUGGAUCCCAUCUGUAGCACAGGAGAUGCAAGCUGACAGGCUAUGUCAAUACGGAAGGGCAGGUAUUCUACAACUUAUCACAUUCUCCUGGAUGAACCCUAUCAUAGCUACUGGAUACAGGAAACCUCUAGACAAGAACGAUGUCCCAGAUCUUGAUGGGAAAGACUCUGCUAAGUUCCUCUCUGUUUCGUUUACAAAGAUCAUAGAUGAUGUUGAACUCAGGCAUGGUUUAAGUACAUCAUCAAUAUAUAAAGCAAUGUUCCUAUUUGUUCGUCGGAAAGCAAUGGUCAAUGCAGGACUUGCUGUGUUAAGUGCCAGCGCUUCCUAUGUUGGACCAUCACGGAUUAACGACUUCGUGAAGUUCCUUGCAGGAGACAGGCGAUAUGGACAUGUAAGAGGUUACCUUAUAGCUUUAGCUAUUCUAAGUGCCAAAGUAGUGGAAGCAAUAGCGGAUAGUCAGUGGUGGUUUGGAGCUCAACAGCUCGGGAUGCGGCUGCGAGCUGCUUUGGUAUCCCAUGUCUAUCAAAAGGGACUUCAGCUAUCUUUCAGUUCAAGGCAGAAACACACCAGUGGAGAGAUCAUAAACUAUAUGGAUGUAGAUAUACAACGGAUUUCUGAUUUCUUAUGGUACACAAACUACAUAUGGAUGCUACCCAUUCAACUCUUUCUAGCUGUCUAUGUUCUCUAUCGAAAUCUAGGGGCUGGGGCCUGGGCUGGUUUAGCAGCAACAAUGGCAGUAAUGGCUUGCAAUAUUCCACUAACCAGAAUGCAAAAAAGGUUGCAAGCCAAGAUCAUGGCUGCUAAAGAUGACAGAAUGAAGGCGACAGAAGAAAUUCUUAAGAGCAUGAAAAUACUGAAACUUCAAGCAUGGGCUAUGCAGUACAUACAAAAGAUAGAGGCUUUAAGAAACGACGAGUACAGGUGGCUAUGGAGAUCUGAGAGGUUGUCAGCUCUGACAUCACUAGUAUUUUGGGGGGCACCUGCAUUCAUAUCCUGUGUAACUUUUGGUUCAUGCAUAUUGAUGGAGAUUCCUCUUACUACUGGUAGUGUUUUGUCUGCGCUUGCAACAUUCCGGAUGCUACAAGAUCCAAUCUUCACACUUCCUGACUUGCUUUCAGUGUUUGCUCAGGGGAAAGUAUCAGCUGAUAGAGUGGCAAAGUACCUACAGGAAGAAGAACUGAAAUGUGAUGCAGUUACACAAGUGCCAAGAAGCGAUACAUGCUAUGACGUGGAGAUUGAUCAGGGAACAUUCAGCUGGGAGCUUGGGACCACUUGUCCAACUCUCACAGAUGUACAGUUAAGUGUAAAGAGAGGGAUGAAAGUAGCUAUCUGUGGGAUGGUCGGCUCUGGAAAAUCCAGUCUAUUAUCAUGCAUACUUGGGGAAAUGCCAAAGCGAGAUGGGUCUGUCAGGGUCAGUGGGAGCAAAGCAUAUGUUCCUCAAACUGCCUGGAUCCUGUCUGGUAACAUCAGGGACAACAUUCUCUUUGGAAACCCAUACGAUGAUGAAAAGUAUGAAAGGGUAAUAAAUGCUUGUGCACUGACUAAAGAUUUUGACUUGCUUCCAAAUGGAGAUUUGACUGAUAUUGGUGAAAGAGGAAUUAAUAUGAGUGGUGGGCAGAAGCAGCGAAUUCAAAUUGCAAGGUCGAUGUACGGGGAUGCAGAUAUUUACCUGUUUGAUGAUCCUUUUAGUGCAGUAGAUGCUCAUACUGGAAGCAAGAUUUUCAAGGACUGUGUCAUGGGAAUCCUUAAAGACAAAACAGUCCUGUAUGUGACCCACCAAGUCGAAUUUCUUCCAGCUGCAGAUCUUAUAUUGGUGAUGCAGGGCGGAAAGAUUGUGCAGAGAGGGAAAUUUGAUGAGCUCCUUCAAAGGAAAAAAGGAUUCAAAUCAAUGGUAGGAGCCCAUAGCCAGGCUCUUGAAUCUGUCAUGAAUGCCGAUAACUCCAGUGGAACAUCAUCAGAUAACCAGAAAUUAGCAGAUAUUGAGGAUGAAUUCAACACAGAAAAGGAAACUGAUGAUCAGCUACAGGGCAUAACAAAGCAAGGGUUAGUACAAAAUGUUUCACAAGAUAUCAGUGACAAGAGGAGGUUAACACAAGAUGAGGAGAGAGAAAAGGGAAGCAUUGGCACAAAAGUUUACUGGACGUACCUAAGGGCAGUUUAUGGUGGUGCCUUAGUUCCAGCCUCCAGUGACCAAAGUGUUCUAGAUCUAAACAUAGCAAACAAGCUUAGUUGGUCCUUGCUUUCAGUCAUACAAAUCCUGGGUACCAUUGGUGUUAUGUCACAGGUUGUGUUAUGGUGGGCCAGACCUACCAGAGAAAGAGGAAGGCAAGUGGCUGAGCGAGAUCGCGGGCAUGCAGGCCGCGUCUGCGCGCGACGCGGGAUUGAGCGCGAUAACCGCGCCUUGCUUGAGGUUGUUAGAUCAGAAGAGUAA